GAAGCUAAUGAGAUAAGUGGGUUUUGUAAUUAUGCCAUGUGGAGUGAGAAAAUGCAUAUUAUCAUCGGUCCUAGGAUAAAAUGGUUUGGCAUUUCGGGUUACCAUAUUAUACGUGCAUUAUCCUUACCCUGCUUAUACAGGAAGGACAUUUAAUGAAGAGCUGUGAUGAAGAUGUAAAACCUCUGUACUCAGAAGUGGACAAUGUUCUUGUUGGGCUGGGUGACAGUUUGGAAAGGAGUUUAGCUGCACCAGCCAUGGGAAAGUUGGUGCAGUUCAUGAACACCUACUGCGGAAACUGCCGGAGAUUUGCACCCACUUUUAAGAAAAUGGCUUUUGAUCUGAAGAAGUGGAACCGUGUACUCCGGAUUUAUGCUGUUGACUGUGCCCUCUGGGAAAAUGUGAAGUUGUGUCGUGAUUUUCGCAUUAGGUUUACGCCUACAAUUCGAUAUUUUCCCGCCAAAUUUCAGAGGUCGCGUUACGAAACUGGCACAGAUAUUGAAACUCAAAACCCAACGGAAAUUGUGGAGCAACUCAUCCGAAAUCUGUCCGAAAAUGACUACAGUGGAGGCAGUGGGAUAAAGCUCAACUUUGACCCCAUAGAGCCGAAUGACGAGCUGCAGGAAGUAUACGCACAGUUCGACAACAAGGUGUCAUACAUUUUGCUGGUCCAUCCAGUUAAGAUUGGCAUUAAAACGAUUCUCAACAUGCUACCAUAUCCCAAUGUGGGUGUGCGGAUUAUCAAGGAUGCCGAAAUGUUUGCCAACUUCGGACUGAAGCCGUGCAAACAAAAGUUGGCCCUUUUGAAUAGAUCUGGAAGAGUCCAACCAAUCAGGCCCAAAGGUGAAAGUAGCUCUGCCUACGUGAACAGCGUUGCUGCGUUUCUGCAGCAAAAUGGGCACACAAGUCUGCCCACAUGGCCAAUAGCUCCAGCGCCCGAAAAUGUGCUUUCGGAUGAAUACGAUGCCAUCAUUGUGGACUAUGUGCUGCAGUCCAGAAAGGUGCUCUUUCAGAACGACUUGGAGCAGGCCAUCCAGCAGUUACUGCACGUGGAGAUACCCAAGACGCCAUUCAUAAGUGGCUACAAGUUCAAGGCUCUGCGUCAUAUUAUUCGCCUAUUGCGCCGCUUCAAUGUGCUAAGCAGGGAUGGCAGGCGAAUGCUGAACAGCCUGGUGAAGCAUCUGUUUAAGGUCGAUGAGAUCACUGGUGAGGAGUUUCGGGAUGUGGUGGAUGAUCUGCAAACACGACUGGAUCCCAUCUUUACGGACAAGCAGUAUGUCGGCUGCUUGGGUUCUACACCACAUACGCGACGGUAUAGCUGCUCCUUGUGGACACUGUUCCAUUACUUGACCGUCCUGGCGGCCCAGUCGAAGACAUAUCCGCCCAGCUCCGUGACAAUUGGACUUUACGGCCUGGCUAAGUACUUUUACGGCUGCCAGGAUGGUGCCAAGUACUUCACGAAGUUGGCGAAGCGUCGGAGGAUCGCGCAAGUGACGUCCCACGACGAGGAGAUCCUCUGGUUGUGGGAGUUCCAUAACGAGGUAAAUAAAAAGCUAGCUGGUGACGCCUCGGAGGAUCCGCGGUUUCCCAAAGUCCAGUUUCCGGAGCGGAAACAUUGCCCGGAGUGCUACAGUGAAGACUCGGAUGAAUUUGAUAGAGAUGAGGUGCUGAAAUACAUGAAACGAGUGUAUGAUUUAAAGUAUUUAAGCAUUUAUGAAUUGCCAAAUCAUCAUAAAACGGCAAAGAAAUGUACAAAAUAAGAAAUACAUCUUAGAAAAUAGAAGUUA